AUGUCGACCAAAGGGGAAUUCCUACCGCCUGAUCGGAAGGAAUCUCUCGAUUCUGUGCCUUCGACAAAGAAGGACACUUUUUAUUCGCAAUUGUCAAUUCGAGUAGAAGAGCCAGUGGGUAGCAUGUCCAUAUCACCGUCUAAUAGAGAUGUUGCGCUAGCAGCGAGAAAAGGUCUUUUCAUCAUAGACCUUGAGAAUCCUUGGUCGCCUCCACGCGUACUUUAUCAUUUUACAAAUUGGGAAGUGGCUGAUAUCCAAUGGAACCCGCAUUCAGCUAGGGAUACAUGGGUUGCGUCUACUUCGAACCAAAGGGCAUUUAUCUGGGACCUUGAAAGUCCAGAGCACAACACAAUCCAUAUUGUACUUCACGGCCAUACAAGAGCUAUUAGCGAUAUAAAUUGGAGUCCAUUUGAUCCUAAUAGAAUCGCUACGUGUUCCGUCGAUGCAUUUAUCAAUCUUUGGGACUUGAAGGCACCAACCAAACCUGUUUCCUCUUUUUGUGCAUGGACAGCUGGCGCGACGCAAGUUAAAUUUAAUAGGAAAAAUGAAUACUUACUAGCAUCUGCUCAUGAUCGAGAUUUGAAAAUCUGGGAUAUUAGGGUAGAAGCUCACACGGCCAAAAUUUAUGGUAUAGACUGGAGUCGACACGAUGACAGUAAUAUCAUUACUUGUAGUUUGGACAAGUCAGUCAAACCAGUUGGCCACGGUGUUCUGACAAUGCCUCAACGACUAGAAACAACAUUGUAUUUAUGGAACCGCGAGAAGCCCGAAAAACCUGUACAUGUCUUUGAAGGUCAUAAAGAUGUUGUCAAAGAAUUUGUCUGGAGAAUGAAAGGAGGUGGCGAUUCGGAUGUGGAUGAUCGAGAAUUCCAACUAGUAACCUGGUCAAAGGACCAACAUCUACGUCUCUGGCCCAUAAAAGAUGAACAUUUGCAGAGCAUCGGACAUAAAAGAGGCCAGCGUCGCAGGAUCACAGACAAGUUUACUCGAACCGGUCAUUCGACGUAUACUUUUCGUGACUCUCCCCGCAGAAAGCUUCAAAUUACGUCUUCACAAAAUCCUACAUUAAACGCAUUAAAAGCAAUUUCUGGAAACAGAAUGUCCAGCAUUACGAGUUAUAUGAGUCCACCAACGACUGGUGUAUAUCGCAGAUUAAAAUUAUCACCAUUGUCAUGGAUGCAAGGUGUGAAGAUUAUCAAGCCACGUGGAGAAGAAGCCGGAAGUGCCGAGAUUGUACCACGCGAUUGGAAGGAAGAGCUAGGUCAGGUCUCGAAAAAAUUUCCGCAAGUGGUAUUUGAUCCGGUGAUAGUACCCGAUAGACGUUGUACGAUAAAGCUUCAUUCCCAUGGCCCAUGGGCAGAUGAGGGGAUCGCAUUCCUCCAAAUCAACGUAUACUUCCCGCAAGAAUAUCCUGAGCGGGGGGUUCCCGAUUUUGACAUUCAGAAUACUGGCAUGAUGUCAAUGUCAAUGAUGGGCCGUAGUCAAGUAUUGCGGCUUCUAGACUAUAUUGCUAACACAUACGUCUCCCAAAAACGUCCAUGCCUUGAAGCUUGCAUCAGAUUUCUUCUUGGUGAGCAUCCGGUGGAAGAAAGCGGAGAGAGAUAUGGAAGAGAUGACGAGGAUUUGUCAAGACGGCCACCACAUGAUAGAAAAUGGAGUAGUCUGCAAGAUGCGGGUGAACGCGAUGACCAUAACGUACCAUUUCCAAUUUUGUGUGGGGCAAGAUUUUCGGGAAACGGCCAGCUUAUUUGCUUCUUUUCUUGCUAUCGUGCACGGGAUUCAGCAAAUACAACUCCCAAAAGUACUCGAUACACAUACACUCAUCCGCCCACAUAUGAAUAUUUUGAUCAAUAUAAAGUUAUUUCGCAAUUACCCCGUCGAUUUGCUCACCUUAGAGACAACGACCAUCCGAGCAGUGAUGGGCAGGAUGACGAAAACGAGUCAUUAAAUCUUUUCAUGUAUCCGAGCAUAAGUAAGCAAGAUCCUGUUGGAACUGGUGCAUUGUACCAGCCAGCAGCAAAACUCAAUCGAACUGGUUACACGGUAUAUCUUCACGACUUAUCAGAUUGGAUGCCGGUUAGCAAGAAACUAGCUAUAGAAUACACAUUACUCGGAGAUGACCCAAUCCAGAUGUGUAAGCAUAAUGCCCGUGUAGCAGCCAAACAUAAUCGUUCAGAUCUCGAAGAAAUCUGGUUGCUAGCGGCACUCAUUCUUGAUGAUCAAGUCCCGUACGAAAAGAGACGUAGCGGUAUGCAACAAAAUGCUCCAAGAUCAGCGACAAAGAGACGAGAUAGUGGUACCGCGGUAGAGCCACCAUUCAUAGAUGACAACGGAUCGUUUAUAUCUUGUAGGAUACAGUGGGGAUAUCAUCCAUUAGGUGCAGAGCUUGUUAAAAAGAUAUUUCAACAUUUCGCAACAAUUGGCGAUGUCCAAACACUUGCGAUGCUAUCUUGCGCAUUUCGUGAAUUAGAUAAAAAAUUGGUUGUAGAAGCUGAUGAUAUGUCAACACCAGACUCUUUCGGCGUUGCGUCUUUAAAUCAAAGUCCUGACUACUUUGGUUAUCAACGCAAUCCUGAAAGACUUUCGUUCUCUACCUCACAUCGCACAAGCAUCUACCCGGCAAAUAAUCAUUCUUUGGUAUCCCAUUCUAGUGAUACAUACUCGUCUCGUGGAUCCUGGGCUGCCUAUUAUCCUAAUGAUUACGCUACAAACUUUCUGUCUCCAACUCCUACAACGCUUAAUUCUAAUGGAUACAGUCUAGGUGAAACUACAGUACAUGGAAUAAAUAUGCCAAUACCUGACUCAUCAUAUCAUAGAAAGACUAUCUAUGGUAGCAUGAUGUCAUAUCCAUCAAGUGGUAGUACAGCAGAUUCGCUCACAAGAGGAAGUAGUCCGGCAGGAUUCGCAUUGAAGUCAGAAGCGAACAAUUAUAUGAAUUCUGAAAGAGGAGGUGAUUUUGGUAUUUCUGAAAACAAGAAGGAUUUUGAAGAUGAAAUGUGGCCGACCCAUUUACCAUUACUAGACACAGAUGCUCAAGCCGCAAUCAUCUAUGAUCAAUACCGGCUUGCCUAUGCUAAAUUGCUAUAUAUGUGGGGACUAUUGGAAGCUCGUGCCGAGCUGUUGAAGUUUAUGGGUCUUGUGAAAUCAACGACUGUAUUUGGCGGUUUGGUUGUUGAUAAUGAAAAUUGGCGAACUAUCCACAGUGCGUGUCAAAUGUGCGGUGGCGCGUCGGUAAACUUCUCCACAAAGAGACUUAGAUUAAAGUGCUCGAAAUGUUUCCAGAAGCAGUCCGGUAUACAAUGUUCAAUAUGUCGUUGUUUGACCAAAGGGUUAGUUAGCUUCUGUAUUAAGUGUAAUCAUGGUGGUCAUGCAGUGCAUAUGCAUGAUUGGUUUGCAAAUAAUAAUACCAAGUGUCCUAGUGGAUGUGGAUGCUCAUGUAUAUUGACACACAAGUCUGGUGAAGAAGCUGGAUAUUUCACUUCUCUUCAGAAAAAUACAGUCUCGAAUUAG